AAGUUCAAACUAAAAAAAAAAAAAACAAUGGAUUUCCGAUUGUAGAUCUGUUUCUGUUCUCCUUCUUCAUCACGAACGACGAACGCCACAUGCCGCACGCCACGAAUGUCUUCCUCAACCUGUCGUUGCUGUCGAACCCUUCUACUUUGGUGAUUACCGGUGAUGAAGGUGGAGGCUGUGAUGAUGAUGAGAUGCUCAGCAAGGGGAUGGUGAAGAUCCAAGGUGAAAGAACGGAGAUGGCGAUUGCUGAUGCUGCGGAGGGAGAGAGCAAGUGGCGUGAAUUAGACAUGUUGUGGAGUUUCCACCUAAUUCUUUGGAAGAAGAAACAAAAGGAAACAACAAAAGGAAGCAAACGGAUUUUAUCAAAUUCGGAAAAGAAAAUGAGAAAAGGAGAAUUAAUAGAAGCAAGGGAUUCCACAGCUUCAGUACAGGUUUUAAAGGGAAUCAAACUGAUAGUGAGAGGAAAAGGGGAGAUGGCGAUAUAGGUGGUGGAAGAAGUAUUUUGUUUUUAUCAGCCUCUAUCAUCUCCUUUCUCAAUUUCCCCCAUUUCUUCAAUUUUUUUUCUUUUUUUUUUCCUCUAUGUUUUAUCUCUUUUCAUUUUCAUUUUUUGGGUUUCUUUGCUUUUGUGAGAUUUAAGCACCAGAAUAGUUAAUAGGAGAAAGACAACCCUCUCACAGUUGCUACAGUGAUCUCAUUGUCUCAUAGUGGGUUUAUAAACACCAUAACAAACUCUUCUUUUGCUA